AUUCUUUAGAAGCCGGCUUCUGGUGGCCUACCGGCAUUUCAGUAGUCCAUAGGGAGGCGUUAGCUCGCACUCCUCUAUUUAUUUAUUUAUUGUACUUUAAUUUGCAGUUGACGGAACGAAUCAUGCUCGCCCUGUGCCUUUACGUCCCCAUAUCCAACUCCGACCCGGUGGAAGUGGACUACUUCGAGUCCAACGGCCUUCCCACCGAGCUCAAUUCGCUCUUCAGCAAACUGAGCGUGGUCCUGCCGUCUCAGGAGUUUUCCACCUAUCAACGAUGGCGAAAAAAAACCCUAAGGAGGGAGCCCGACGUGUCUGACGACCAGCUGGACUUUGAGGAGUUUGUGCACUACCUGCACGACUAUGAGAAGGACCUGAAGCUCGUGGUCAAGAGUCUGGACAGGAGAAAUGCAGGCCGAGUGGACACAAAGGAGUUCAUCCAGGCUCUCCAGGACAUCAGCGUGCACAUUUCACAUCAUCUCGCCGAGAAAGCCCUUAGGAGUAUGGACAAGAACGGCAUUAUAACCAUCAGCAGUAAAGAAUGGAGCAAGUACUCCAUGGUGGAGGAGACGGAGAGCAUUCCUGAGAUCAUCCUAUAUUGGAAGCGCUCUACGAUCUUCGACGUGGGCGAGAACCUGAUGGUCCCUGAUGACUUCAGCACCGAGGAGAAGCAGAGCGGCAUGUGGUGGCGGCACCUGGUGGCAGGAGGCGGGGCUGGUGCCGUAUCCAGGACAUGCACGGCGCCUCUGGACCGUGUCAAAGUCAUGAUGCAGGUGUACGGCUCCAGAAGCAACAACAUGUGCAUCAUGAGCGGCCUGACGCAGAUGGUCAAAGAGGGCGGCGUGCGCUCACUAUGGCGAGGGAACGGCGUCAACAUAAUCAAGAUCGCGCCCGAGUCGGCCCUCAAGUUCAUGGCGUAUGAGCAGAUCAAACACUUGAUCGGCAGUGACAAGCAGACGCUGAGCAUCUCUGAGCGCUUCAUGGCCGGAUCGCUGGCCGGGGUUAUCGCCCAGAGCGCCAUCUACCCCAUGGAGGUGCUGAAAACACGGCUGGCUCUGAGAAAGACAGGCCAGUACGCUGGCAUCUCCGACUGUGCCAAGCAGAUCUUCCGGCGAGAGGGCCUGGCGGCGUUCUACAAGGGUUACAUGCCCAACAUGCUGGGUAUCAUUCCCUAUGCCGGCAUCGACCUGGCCGUGUACGAGACCUUGAAGAACAGCUACCUGCAGCAGUACGGCACCGCCAGCGACCCUGGCAUCUUGGUGCUGCUGGCGUGCGGCACAGUGUCCAGCACCUGCGGCCAGCUCGCCAGCUACCCGCUUGCUCUCGUGAGGACGCGCAUGCAAGCGCAAGCUGCAACAGGCAGCGGCCAGCAGGCAACCAUGACUGCGCUCUUCCGUCAGAUCCUGCGGGCCGAGGGUCCGACUGGCCUCUACCGGGGCCUGGCGCCCAACUUCCUGAAGGUCAUCCCCGCCGUCAGCAUCAGUUACGUGGUGUAUGAGCACAUGAAAACGCAGCUGGGCGUCACCUCGCGCUGACCACCAAUCACCCAACACCCACUCUCCUUCCUGCCAGGGAAUCCCACCUUCUCAAAGGGGGGUUCGUGAAGCUCGAUCUCAUUCUGUGAAUGUCAUCAGACGAAAGAGGUUGUCUGUCUUGGACCGCUGCUAUAUGUUAUUACAGUUGCAUAAGCGACUGCAACUUGAGGACCAAAUGUUUGUGGACUGUUGGAAGGCGCGAUUGUAUUCGAGUUUUUGGGCAGUUUGCUCUCUGUUGCCACACACUAUUUAUUUCCAUCUGCUAUUUAUUGGUUUUAUAUCAAGCGGGAUGCAAACGCUUCGUUGUGUGUUCAAGAGCCAAAUUGUGCUUCUUAAACAGCAUCCUUAAUGAAUAGUGAGACACUAUCAGGGUGUUGGACUUAUGACUGUGGUUAAUUUGCAAACAAAAUUGUCGUAAUGUUCACUACAGGUUAAGGGAGUAGGCACACGUAAGUGUUAGGACUUUUUUUUUUUUUUUUUGUGGCGUAUCAAGGGCUUUGAAAAGAAAAAAAAGUAACUCAUUGCACUUUAAACCUUGCUGGAAAAGCCUUUGUCACAGCAGUCCAGGUAUUACAGAGGUUAUGUUUUUUAAAAAGUAUUUUAAAGACAGGUUUUCAUGCAAAUAAAUGCAAAUUUGUUUUAAAAAAA